CAUCAAACUUGCGACUCACGUAUCACCAUUACUGGCAUCUAUCGUGGACGGUAGCCUUCUCCGCUCUCUGGGCCUUGCACACCGAUGCACCCAUAACCCUUGGUCCUCCAUCGGCCUCCCAACUAUCCCACAGUUCUCACAAGUUGUGUAUUCGCAUCUUGUGACGUCGGAUUACCCUCACUUCUUUAAGAAACAUUAGUCGUUGGUAUUUCGACUCAACAACGAUGGCUUCGCAACCGCCACCACAGGGAGUACCUAUGGGUGGACCAGGCGGAGCCCGCUCCCAAGGUCCUCCAGCACAACCUUCACCUGAGCAGAUUCGACAAAUGCAGGAGCAGCUUCGCGCCGAGGCACAACGACUGGGUAUCACUGUAGAAGAACUUCUAGCUCGCAUGCGGGCGCAAGCAAUGCAGCAACAACAAAUGCAACAGCAACAGCAACAGCAACAACAGCAGCCCAUACAACCAGGUCCACCAAAACCAGAGGCUCUCGCUGUCGCGGACUUCCUCAAGUCGCAAGAUCUGAAGCCGCGGACAGUCCUUUUCCAGGAAAAACGGAAGGAUAUGAUCAGAGUGAAGCGCGCUAUCAGAGCACUGCUUUCCCCCGCAUACCAAAAAGCUAGGUCCAAGAACAUCAUCCUACCCGAAGUCAAGGAUCGUCCAUCAGCCGAAAAUACAUUCAAGCUGCUGCCCCUAUCUAUGCUUGCGAUUCGCGUGUCAAAACAGGAUCCGAAUGCUGGCCACGAAGGCCACUCACAUGGGAGCAAGAAGCGAAUCAAGGGUCAAUGGAAUGUCAGGAUCGAGCAGCAGCAGAAUACCGCAGACGAUGAUUAUUACAUCUGGUUGUAUGAAGGCUCCCCCUGGAAAAUGAGACUUUACGCUGCUCUUGCCCUGGUCGUCGUUUUCGCCAUUGUUCUAUUUCCGCUCUGGCCGCUCUUUCUCCGGACAGGCGUGUGGUACUUGAGUAUGGGCAUGCUAGGCCUCAUCGGUCUCUUCUUCGUUAUGGCUAUCUUUCGACUCAUCUUGUUCUGUGUGACCGUAUUCACGGUCCCUCCCGGGUUUUGGCUAUUUCCCAAUCUAUUCGAAGAUGUUGGGUUCUUCGACUCCUUCAGGCCAUGGGGCGCAUGGCAGGAGACAGCUGAGGCAAAGAAGGAAGCGAAGAAAUUGAAGAAGCAAAAGAAAGCUGAAGCCGCAGCGGAUGGUAAAUCCAAGAAAGCAAAACAAUCAGACACACCUGCAGUACCAGUUACUGCAGUACCUGCAGCCCCAGCUGCACCUGCGUCUACGACGGGAGCAUCUACUGUGGACGGACAAACUGCCCAACAGCGCAGGAUGCAGGCUUCUGUUGAAGAGGCGGAUGACGAGUAGGAUUCGACCAAGAGCCAUACCACUUUUGAGCGUAUCUCUAGACAGUCACUUGAACACUACCGCAGAAGUGGUUUUUGUAGACGCUGUUUGGUCACCGGACUUGCUGUCAAGUCAAUUGACGGCACGGGCUCUUUUGCGCUUUCAAUGCAACAUAGAAGACAAAAGCGUCUAUCCCGUUAUCUCGUCCCUUUCAUUGUUAGUCCUGUUGACUUGCAAUCCCACGGUAUAUUUCACCGGCCGGGCUUCGAAAGAGCCACCGCACAACAAGUUUUUAGGACCACUUGAAGCGA